AUGAUUCUCAACCCCGCUGCCCACCCCUCCAAAUGUCCAGCUAGAUUGGGGCCAGGCACAAAACCUUGGAAGCCAUGGAUGAUCCUUCUCAUUGCGCUGGCAGUGACACUGGUAGUGGCUCUAGUGAUCGGCCUUCUGGUUUAUUUUUUGGUGUAUGUUCAGAAGCCACACUAUUAUGAAGUCACUUUCAAAAUCCCAAGCAUCAGUUACAACAGUGAAUUGAAAGAAGAAAACUCCCAAGCUGGUAGAGAUCUGAAGCUAAGGAUCACAAAUCAGGUGGAUAAAGCGUUUCAGGAGUCGAAUGUGAAGGUGCAUUACCUCAAUUCACAUGUGUUUGCUUCUGCUGACAAUGAAGUUGCAGUGAAGAAGAGAGCUGAAAACACUCUAAGUCAGAAGCUGCAGGCGGGCCCUGAUUUCUUGGAAAUAGACUUCGAAUCACCUUAUUUUAGAGGCUUCCGGGAAAACAAUCUUCUCCUCCCCAAGCAAGCUGGACCUGCCACCCAUGUGAAACGUUUCACCCAUGGAAAAUCCACAGGACUGGUAGUCAGGAGAUCCAAACUGGAGUCCCAGAUCUACCACUGCUUUGGGGAAGACUGCGGGAUCCGCAUGGACAGCACCUCGCUGACCGACCGGAUUGUCGUAGGCGGGACCACGGCCAAGGAGGGAGACUGGCCCUGGCAGGCCAGCCUGCAGCUGAACGACAACCACCUCUGCGGGGCCUCUCUGCUCAGCGACACGUGGCUGGUCACUGCCGCCCACUGCUUCGACAAUAAUAGAAACCCAAGCCAGUGGACGGUCAGUUUCGGGACCACUCUCAGGCCGGCCAAGAUGAAAAGAAGAGUCAAGUUGAUUAUCAUCCAUGAAAGCUACAGGACCUACCGCCACGAGCAUGACAUCGCCAUGCUGCAGCUCUCUCUGCCCGUCAUCUUCAGCGGCGAAGUCCAUCGGGUCUGCCUCCCGGAAGCCUCUUACCAGAUCCCGUCGGGCUCCACUGUCUUCGUCUCGGGUUGGGGAACCUUCAGCACCAACGGACACAUGCCAAAUCGUCUGCGCCAGGCCAGGGUGAAAACGAUAGAUAAGGAGGUGUGCAAUAGGCCGGAGGUGUACGGGGGGGCCAUAUCGUCGGGAAUGCUGUGUGCUGGAUUCCUGACUGGGAAGAUCGACGCCUGUAAGGGGGACUCCGGAGGACCACUGGUGCUGCAAGACAUCCGAGACGUCUGGUACCUGGUGGGAAUUGUCAGCUGGGGGAUCGACUGCGGCAAAGAGAACAAGCCUGGAGUUUACACUCUCCUGACUGUUUAUCGCAACUGGAUCACCUCCAAAACUGGCCUCUAG